AUGGGAACAAAUUGUUACUUUCUGUCGAAAUAUGGCAGAGCGCUAUCACGAAGUGAAGAAGAUAACACGUGUUUAUUGCAAAUAGCUGAAAUAAAAAACGAAGAAUAUUUAAUAUAUGUUAAACAAACGGAAGAUUUUGACAAUACUUUGUCUAGUCAAGUUGUCAAGGUUAAUAUCCAUCAAAUUAAAAUUUUCGAAUAUUUUAAUGGUGAUAAUUCGAAAUUUAACAAUACACAAGGAGUUCACUUCGUGGAUUCUUUAGCAUGCAAGAUUUCAAACAUCACUAUCUCUGACAACUUGCCCAAAACAUUUCAAGCGAAAUUAGUGAAUUCGACAAAACGAGGGGACACCUUUUUAUUAGAAAAUCAUAUUUGUACAUCUGCCGAUAAUUUAAAAUGGGUGCUCGACGAUUAUAUUGUAAAAAAUCCUUUGGAUCACACAAACGACAUUUAUCUAGAAAUACAAUGUCCACGUGUCGAAAUAAUCGUUGAUAAAGAAUUAAUUAUGCCAUUUGAAAUAUUGAUAACCAAUAUAACCAAGGCUCUGGAACACACUGACCCUUAUCACGAACUACUACGAGUAUUCAGAAUUUUCGGACAUUUUUUACCCAGUAAGAUUAUCCUGGGACAUAAAGUAUACAAAAUGAUUUCAGUGAGUAGGAAUAAACCAGCCGAAUGUAUAAAUUGUGAAGAUUUUGCGGCAAACAAGAACGAUAUUUUGGAUAGAUGGAAGGAGUUCAUUAGACCAUGCUACUUUGACUCUCCUUAUUUAGUAUCAAUUAACGGUGAGAUAAUUUUGGAAGAGAAACUUGAAGAAUGGAUGAACUCCUGUUUAACAAGCGAUACAAGCUCAUUAGAUAUCAUCAAUUGGAAUGACUUAUACCCAUUAUAUGAAAUACUCGAAAAACCUCUUCGUCAAGUAGUUAAAUCCGUUCUUGGAAUAGAUGAUCAAGUAGGGAACUCGGAAGCUAAGGAAAAGGUUCUCAUGGUAGGAAUAAUCUCAAUAGAUCAGGAAUAUGAUCGCGUAAAUUUUCCCAAACAGUCUAAAUCCGACAAAAUAAAGGAACAGGGAUAUUACUAUCGUGUAAAUUUUCCCAGGAAACUCAAAUCCAACAAGUAUAAAAUAUUUGGAAAACUUAUGACACAAAAUGGAGAGUCAAUUGAUAAUGUGGUGGUUAAAUUUAGAUCAAUGGACACACGUGGAUUUUCAGCAAGAAUUGAAAAAUUUGAAGAGAAAGAAUUAAAUAAUCUGCAAAUAACUUGGUUAUUAAUUGGAAGCCCUGCUCAAAUAGGUUUUUAUAGCCGAGAAACGCGAGAUAUCUCCGUAUUGCGCUUUAAUAGUUCUUCUUUCAUACGAAAUCCUGACGUGGGUAAUUGGGAUAUUCAAUUAGAGGACAUUCCAGAUAUUUUACCAAGCGGUUCGAUUCUUAUUACUUCAUUUGCAUAUCCCCUGUCAAACAUUGAUCCAAAUUUUAUAACCAGCAUUAGUAAUUAUGCAGAUAACAAAAUUACGGUUAAUGUUCGUGACCCGGAUUAUUACGAAAGAAAAGAAAACAUUAAAGGUUAUUAUGAUUUGGAGGAAGAUAAAAAUGAGGGAGGUGGUGAAGAGGAAAAAAGUGAUAAUGAAUCUUAUGGCAUAAAAUGCGAGUUUAAGUGGUGCAUUAUUCGUGUCCCAGAAUAUCUUAAAUUUAAUGUUGACUUUAAUAUUACUAUAAAAUCAAUUCAUUUGAAGAAAAUAGGUCAGCACAUAAAAAAAACUCAAUUGAAAAAAACAGCUCAUACCGAUUCAGAUAAAUUUGAUAUUGUAUCUAGUUCUACUACAAAAGAAAUCCAAUUGAAGGAAACGGUUCACAUAGAAGAAUCUGAUAAAUCAGAUAUUUACUCUGAUUUUAUAAAAUCAACUCAAUUGGAGGAAACAGUUCAACACAUCGAACCAACAGUUCACAUAGAAGAGUCAAUUAUUGACUCUAAUUAUAUGGAGUCAAUUCAAUUGAAGGAAACAAUUAAAAAUAUAGGAGAAUCUGAUAUAUCAGACAUUGAUUCUAAUUCUAUCGAAGAAACUCAUUCAAGACCGCGAAAUAAUUUCAAUCAGAUCAACCAUACUCGUAAUAAAAUUUCGACACCUGGUUUAUCGAAUCUCGGUAAUACAUGCUUUUUUAAUUCGGUUAUGCAGGUUGUUACUGUAACCUCUGCACUUCGUGAUGUUCUUCAGCCUAAUUGCCCUGGCCAAUUCGGUCUUAUUCCGCCAUUAAUAAAUGCGGAGCAGUGUCUCGCUGCUGUUCGUGAUGACGUUGGUCCAUUAACCAAUACUUUCAAAGAAUUCUUAUCCGUGAUGUGGGAAGGUGAAAGAGAGGUAGUGAGUCCUAGAGACUUGUUCGAUCAGAUUACCAGAAAGUGGUCACAAUUCCGCGGCUGGAGACAACAAGAUAGCCAAGAACUCAUGCGAUUUUUAUUUGACGGUAUUAAGAGUGAAGAGCUUGAGUUAAUAAAAAGGGUUUCGAAAAAGAAGAAUGAAGACCAACUGUCUGAUCAAGGGACAGAUGAUGAGAACAACACCUCAAAAGAAAAAUCACCACCACAAGAAUUCGUGUCUUUUAUCGAUGCAUGCUUUGGAGGUAAACUAGCCAGCGUAAUUGUUUGUAAAACAUGUAGAAUGUGUUCUUACUCUUAUGAAGAAUUCUUGGAUGUUUCCUUGCCGAUAAAGUUUAAUAAUCAUGAAAGAAUAUUAAAGAAAGUGAAAACCUUUUUCACUGGAUCAAACAACUCCACACAAAGUUUCUAUAAUAGCUUAGAGGACUCCAGCCAAAACGGCGAUGACAAAUCUAAUAAUUCGAAUAAAGAAGCGAAACCCGAAGAGUAUUCACCGCUUUUAAAAGAAAUUCCUGAUAGUUCUGAUCGUUCCACGCAAAAUUCGUGUAUAUCCCUUAUCGACUGCCUGAGAAGUUUCAUGCGAGUAGAGACCUUAGACGGAGAUAAUCUUUUUGCGUGUGGAAAUUGCUGGAAAAAUUUAAAUCACGAAGGUUCUGAUGUAACCGAUGUGAAAAGCGACGCGGAGGAAGAUGACUCGAUUAAACCGGACGUCCGAGUCGACAAGGCAAUUGGAGAAGAAUUGACAAAUAUAGAAUCACUGAAACAAUCACCAUCUACGCCAAUAAGUACUUCAGAAGUGAGUCAUAUGACGAAUACUCAGCCCGAAAAUGGUGUGUCAGAACCGAUGGACGUUUCAGGAGAUACUUCGAUGACGGAUACUCAAAUUUAUGAGACUUUCGGUAAAUUUAUUUCAGAAGACUCAUCGGAACAUAACUCAGUGAAUGUUCCAGAACCUUUUUUAACGGAUACUGAUUCUUAUGAAGAUCAAAAUAAUUCUAAAUCAGAAGAAUCAUCGGAAUUUAUAUCAAUUAAUUUUUCACAAGGACCUCAUAUAACAAGUACGAAUGCGCCUGACGAAAAUUCAAACGAGCCUAUUUCGAGAGAUUAUUCAGAGAAAACUUGUGUAUCAGGUGCGGAUGCGCAAUUUGACGAAAAUCCCCAAAAAUCUAUUUCCGAAGAUUCAGAAGAAACUCGUAUAUCGGGUACGGAUGUGCAAUCUGACGGAAUUUCAAACAAUUCUAUUUCGGAAGAAGGAGCUCACGUAACAAGUACGGAUACCCGAUCUGAUGAAAAUCCAAACAAUUGUUCGAAUGAUCUAUCGGAUUUUACACCAAUUAAUGGAAAAGAUGGUGAGAUUGAUUCGCGUGGUAUGGAGGUCGAUCUACCGGUUCAAUCUUCGUUAUCACGAAACUUACCAUUACAUGAUUCUGAGUCAGAAAAAAAUAAGUCAACAAAGGCUCAACAGUUCAUUCUCCGUGAGGCGUACAAACGCUAUUUGUUUAGUUCAUUGCCGCCUGUCUUGGUCCUUCAUUUAAAGCGUUUUCAACAGACAGGAAAAUGGAUGAAAAAGAUAGAUGAUUUUGUGGAAUUUGAUGAAGAAAUAGAUGUUGGUAAUUUCAUUGUACCACCGGGAGCAGAUGAUAUCGAUGGAUCCAAAUCAUCAAGAAAAAAGGUUCUUAAUACAAAAUAUCGAUUAUACGGUGUUGUGGUACACAUAGGAAGUCUAUAUAAUGGACACUACAUUGCGUAUGUGCUUUCUAAAAACAUUCUUGAAACGGGAGAACAAUUUGGGGUGCCGGAAUUGAAUCCUGAUGAUUAUGAAGAAGUUGAGAAAAUUCAUUCGAAGUCGGACAUGGUAGGCGAACAUAAACAGUGGAUUUAUUGUAGUGAUAGUAAUGUGCGGAUGGCUAAAGUAGAUGAAGUUUUAAGAAGUGAAGCUUAUCUAUUGUUUUAUGAGCAAGUAAUAUGA